AUGACUCAUAGCUUUGGAGACACCAUGAGUUUCGACCAUGGAGACACCAUGAGUUUCGACCAUGGACACACCAUGAGUGUCGACCAUGGACACAGUUCGAGUUACGGUGGCCAUGGACACAGUUCCACUCACAGCGGCCAUGGACGUGUUCGACCUGUGGAGCAUCAUCAUCAUCCCGCACCAAGCAGUGCGGAGUACUUCCAUGUACGUGUUCGACCUGUGGCGCAUCAUCAUCAUCCCGCACCAAGCAGUGCGGAGUACUUCCAUGUACGUGUUCAACGUAAGAAGCGUCAUAAUCAUCCCGCACCAAGCAGUACGGAUCACACCCAUGUACAUGUCCACCAUAAGAAGCGUCAUCAUCAUUCCGCACCAGGGAUGCCAGAACAAUAUCAUCUUCCAGUACCGUCCGCCUUUCCACCUCCAGUGGUACCACCACUUUCGGUUACCCCAAAAAAGAAAAACAAGGGCGGCUUCCUUAGCGGCUGGUAUGUCUGA